AGGUACAAGCUUGCAACAGAAUCUGAUGCAAUAGUGAGCUUCUUAGUUGCAAAUUCUUUACCUUCGCCACCAAAUUCUGCGAGGGCAGCACGAAUUGCUGCCAGUUCAGCUCUCGUAAUAGUGUUUGUGCACCCAGCGCCAUUUGGAUUCACGUAGACAACGCGAGAAUCGCUGAACCAGGCGCAGGCGCCGGCAACCUGGACUUCUUUGCCAUUGUCAGUUUUGAUUUUGCUUACCGAACCAUCUGUCCAGACAGUGCCAUUCACGUCGUGGGCCAGAGCAUGUGCGUCCACGAGCCGUUUCAGGCGGGGGGCAAAGCACUGGAGUCCGGCGGGGUUCCCAACAAUGACCAGUCGGAGCCCCUUCUGGCGUUCAGCCUGGGUGUUGGUGCCAAGUCCUGUGUCAAGGCCCGCGGUGCCCGCGGACCAGUUGGCCAGCUCGUGGCAAAGUGGGUGUUGAAGCCACUGCGUGUGGGGGAAAGUGGCCGCUUUGGGGAGCGCCAAUACAGUAAGGGUUGGUUCCUGUGAGUCACGCAUAGCCUCGGCGCAUGCGAGGGCCCACAUGAGCGCCUUCCGUGCGUCGUGGGGGCUAGAGGGGGGGUGGGCAUAUUGCAAGCCGGUCCAUGCGGUCUGGUAGGCAUCGUGCAGUGCGCCAAAGGCCCCAUCAGCAGGGUCUCGUGUCCAGUAUUCGUGGGCUGCAAUGGAGGAGUUUAGUGGGGACGCAAACAUUUCCCGAAUGUGUACUGCUUGUGUGACCCGCAGGCAUUGGACGAUGGCUGCUACUGUGCCUGCCGGCAGCGACACCUGGUGCAUUGGCAUGGCCUUGCGGUCCUGCUGCGCCGGGUCAUAGCGGUAGCGCAUGAUGAGGGCAGCGACCGCUUCCUCAAAGGCGUUGGGCCGCUGGUUGCCGGUGUGCCUGAAGCGCUCCCACAGGGUAAGGAGGCGGGGGUAGGUGAUGGUGCCCAGCCAGCGGCCACUGGGUUCAUGGACGUGCGCCUCAGCUGGGUCACGGCGGGUGCCACCAGUGGUGGUAAUUGUGUAUGCUCCGGGGGCCACAAUGUCCUUGUAGGGGUUGCACGGGCUUGUGGUGAUGGUGGUGGUCGUGCGGAUGUCACGCGCGCGGGAUGCGGUAUCCAGGGGCUCGGCGUCGUGGCGGCCUUGGCGCUGUCUGGCGGUAAGGUUCCGAUCAGGUGCGGGGCGCACUGUUCGGGGCCGCGGGCCUUGGUUGGUACCGUUUGCUAGCCGGGUUUUGCACUCCUCCAGUAACUCCUCCCAUUGUGGACUGUGUUUUAGGUCCCGUUCACGGUCCGUGCUCGGCGCCCACGUGACAUGUCGUAGGAGUUUGGUCGUCCAGGACGAGAAUAGGGGGGCCCCAGUGGGCUGCGGUGCUGCCGGCUCUGCAGCUUGGGCAGGCUCUUCAGGUGAGAUUGCGUGGGCUUGGGUUUCAGCCGGAGGCUCAGCCUCGGUCUGCGCAGGUUGUGGGCAUGGGCGCGUCGCAAGAGGGUGCUUAUAACACCUGGCAUUCUGGAUAGUUGCGUAGCCCAUGCGAACAAAAGCAGAGACAAUGCCGGCCGGGCAAAUGGACGGCUUCCACUGCACCUUCCAGUAUUUUUCACGUGUCCCAGAGGUGUCCUCUCUGGCUUUGCGCUUCCGUGUCAGUUCUUUGUCCGUGACAGUUUGUUUGUUUUCGCUGUGCAGGACCUGUGCCAGUUCCUGUCCGUCAUUGUCCAGGGCGUAGGUGAGUUGAGUGUCACCGUUAGUGCGGUUGUCGGCGGGCCUUGGGACUAGAUCGUGUGUGAUCCUUGCGCGGGCCAGUCGCCAGCUGGGACGGGCCCCAUGGCCUCCCGCAGCUUGCACUGCCGGGGCGGUCAGGGGCGGCGUCGGGCUAUCGGCGUCCAUGGGGUCGUUGUGAGCGGCAGCCUGGUUGACUUCCAUAGGCAAUCCUGUGUUGUUCAGAUACUCGCUUAUGGCGUUGGGUUCGGGGUUGGCGGCAUUCGCCGUGAGGCGGGUUGUGAGGGCGGGUGGUAGCCCACGGCGCUGUUGGCGUGGUUCGACAGCAUGUGCAAGGGAGGGUGGGUCUUGUGGGUGUGGGUGGCAGAUCCGCAUGUGUCCUGUCAUGUCUUUGGCGAGCGCCUGGAAUACCGAGCAUGCUGUUUCAUAUCCCCGCGUGCCCACCGGCAGGCUCUCAUCGCCGUUGGUGAGCCGCAGGGCAUGGUUGAUGGCGGCGCGGUCCCCGGUGAGCAAGUCCUCAGGGGUAGUGCGUGUAGUUUCUGCAAUGCGUGCGCGUUGCGCUGCAUGUUUUGUAACGCGCCGUGCGCGUGUUUGGUUCUGUGGCCGGCGUGUUGUAGCCGGCUUGCGGGCUCUGGCCGGUGGCCGUAGGGAGGGUUGCGUUGCCCCAUCAGCGGGGACUUCCGGUGCAGCAGCACCUUGUGCGCCGGGAUGGGCCUGGGCCGCCCCUGCUGGAGAGGGGGGGGCUAGGUCGGCGGGGGCUUGCGUGGUGUUUGCUUGGGCGGGGGGCGCCUCCGGGAGGGGCUGCAGGUACCGGUCGAGGGGGUUGGCCAUUCCGAGAGGGAGGGGGUCCGCCCUCAUGGCUAAGGCCACGAUUGCGGCCACGUCGGGCAGUGCACGCUGUGCGGUGGUCAGGGGGGCAGGGCUGCCAUGGGCUGGAGCGUUUUCCCCUGCACGUGCAGCCAUACUGAGAGCAAGGCUAAGCCUGUUCAGGGCUACCUUGUGCUUGUGCCGGACCCGGCUCGCUCCCAUGUGCUUCUCGAGGUCCGAGCUAGUAAUCAGGUGUUUGCCUGUGUUGCGGUCCACCAGGUGGCUCAGUUCGAGCCUCAGGUCCGCAAGAGGGAGGACGUAUUCAAUGGGGAGAGGUUCGACGCCCCGGGCGUCAGCUUCUGCCUCAAGGGCAGCGGCAAUGGACCAGGUAGGCGCAGUAAAGGCAGACCCAUUUUGGUACAGUGUGACACCGUACUCUUUUGCCAGGGUCAUCUGUUUCAGCGUCGUAAGGUGGUGUGACCUAUGGGCUGGGAGAAGGUGGGCCUGUGUGGGGCCAGCUAUGCUUGCCUGGCGCGGCAGAAGGGCUCGGGUUACUAUCCCAAG